GUUUAAAACACAAUCAGAGUGGGUCUUUAAAAAUCUUAACAUGUAAAAUUAUAUUUAUUAAGUUAAUAAAUUUGAAAGACACGUUGUUUUGUCCAAGUUCAGGCUUACAAUAAUGUUCAGAUAGAAGUUCCACUUUACGUUUUUGGGUCUGUGCUCCAAACUUCUUUCCACUAACGAACCAUUUAUCUCUGUUGGCAUUAAAAGUCCUGAUCUAUCUAUUUUUCAUCUGGAGUGUCUGCGUCCAUGCUCUGCGCAUGAAGGGCAAAUGAGAGCGUGUCAGACUCAGAGCGGAUCAUCAGUCUGCAGCCUGGAGCGGCCCGAUGCAGCUGCAGGACGGCAGAUGGCACCGCUGCGCCGUCCUGUGGAAGGCGCUUGGAACGGACACGCGUCCGCGUUGUCCACACUGUCUGCUUCCACUUCCCUCUCUCUCCUUCUCUACACACCUCUCUAUCUCCCACAGCAUCAGCAGCAUCUCCAUCAGUCUCCGCGAUACUACGGAGUACAGCAUGGCACCUCUGCGGGCUGACAAGCCGUCCUCCGCCGCCGCGCAGCUCUUCUUCUUCGCGCUGGUCGCCUCGGCCUGGAUGUCACUGCCGGGACCCGCGCGCUGUCGCGGCGUGGCUUUAAACCGGCGCGUCGGGCAGGACCGUGCGAUGGACAUGGGCAGCGGAGGAGGAGGAGGCUCCCAGCUGGACGCGCGGGCGGACGCGGAGGAGGAAGAAGUCGGCGCGGGGACCUCAGCCCGCCUCAGGAGAGCGCUGUCCCGGGAUAAACAGAUAUCCCUGCUGAGCAGCUCGUUCGUGCUCAAAGGGGACGCGACCCACAACCAGGCGAUGGUCCACUGGACAGGGGAGAACAGCAGCGUCAUCUGACUACGGCACAACCUACACCAAGCUGAACCUGAUGCCGGGGACAACCAUUGUGGUGACGAGUUUCUACAUCUGUCCCAGCAACAAGAAAAAGGUGAUCCUGGUGGGCUCGUCCAUAAACGAGCGUGAUCAGAUGCUCUUCAUCAGCACCGACGAGGGCUCUUCCUUCCAACGGCAAGUGAUCGACUUCACGCCUGAGACCCUCCUGUUUCACCCCAAAGAAGAAGAUAAGGUGUUGGCCUACUGCAAGGAGGGCAGGCUUUUUGCGUCCUCAGAUCUGGGCCGUAAAUGGACUUUACUGCAGGAGAGGGUGACAAAGGACAGAGUCUUCUGGUCUGUUUCGGGUGUGGAUGUGGAUCCGGAUCUGGUUCACAUGGAGAUGCAGGAUGCGAGUGGAGGUAACCUGUACGUCACCUGUCACAUCCAGAACUGUUCAGAGAAGAUGGUGACAGCUCAGUUCCUCGGAAAAAUUGAUCGCAACUCUCUGCUGGUGCAGGAUGACUACAUAUUUGUAAAGGUCACCACAGGAAAUCGCACCAAACACUACGUCUCCUAUCGGCGCAACGAGUUUGUCCAGAUGAGGUUCCCCAAGUACGCAUUACCAAAGGAUGUUCAAAUAGUGAGUACGGACGAGAACCAGGUCUUCCUAGCCCUGCAGGAGUGGUACCAAUCCGACACCUACAACCUGUACCAGUCCGACCCCCAAGGCGUGUACUACUCUCUGGUCCUGGAAAACGUGCGCAGUGCCAAGCAGCCAGAGGAGAGCGUGCUCAUCGACGUCCUGGAGGUUCGUGGAGUCAAAGGAGUCUUCUUGGCCAACCAGAAGAUCGACGGGAAAGUGAGGACUCUCAUCACCUACAGCAAAGGACGCAACUGGGAGCCGCUGGCGCCCCCUACCACCGACAUGAACAACAAACCCGUGAGCUGUAAAGCGCCGGACUGCCAGCUCCACCUCCACCUGCGCUGGGCAGACAAUCCUUACGUGUCUGGAACAGUUCACACUAAAGACUCGGCGCCCGGCCUCAUCAUGGGAGCAGGAAACAUUGGCUCCAAACUCAUAGAGUACAAGGAAGAGAUGUACGUCACUUCAGACUGUGGGAAGACAUGGAGACAGGUUUUCGAGGAGGAACAUCACAUCCUGUACCUGGACCACGGCGGAGUCAUCGUUGCCAUCAAGGACACGUCUAUUCCCCUAAAGAUCCUCAAGUUCAGCAUUGAUGAAGGACGGACGUGGACCAUUCAUAACUUCACCACCACCUCUGUGUUUGUUGAUGGACUCCUGAGUGAACCAGGAGACGAGACUCUGGUCAUGACUGUGUUUGGCCACAUCAGCUACAGGUCAGACUGGGAGCUGGUCAAAGUGGACUUCAGGCAGUCGUUUUCUCGUCAGUGCGUCGAUUCGGAUUACGAGUCCUGGGGACUCACAGACCUGCAGGGUGAGAGGUGCAUUAUGGGGCGGGAGCAGACGUUCAGGAAGAGGAAGGACACGUCUUUCUGCAUUAAAGGGAAAAGCUUCACUUCAGUUCUCAGCAGCAAAUCCUGCAGCUGCACAGAGAAGGACUUCAACUGUGACUUUGGUUUCGAGCGCUCCUUCACGGAGGCGGACCGCUGCUUCGCUGACUUCUGGUUUGACCCAGACUCCCCUCCCGAGGACUGUCAUCUGGGACAAAACUAUGAGUCCAGUACCGGCUACAGGAAAGUAAUAUCUAACGCAUGUGAAGGAGGACUAAACAAGCAACAGAGCGCCAAAAAGCACAGCUGCCCCCUGUUGCCCCCCAGACGACUGCAGGUGGGAAUAAAGGGCCAGAUGUUGGCCGUUGCUCCUGGCGACGACAUCACGUUCAUCAUCCAUCAGGAGCAGGGCGACACCAGCAGCACCAAGUACCAGGUGGAUCUGGGCGACGGGGUCCGAGCCAUUUACCAGAAUCUGACGGUGACGGACGAGCCUAUCCAGCACCGCUACGAAAGCCCGGGCGUGUACAGAGUCACGGUGAAAGCGGAGAACGGCGCCGGCCAUGACGAGGCCACCAUGUACAUCCAGGUGACAGCUCCUCUGCAUGAGGUGCAUCUGGAAGUGGUCCCCAUCGCUAGAAGAAACCAGGAAGUCAACCUGACCGCUGUGGUUCUGCCCACUGAGGCCAAUCUGACCGUCUUUUACUGGUGGAUAGGAGACAACUUGCAGCCGGUUCUGACUCUGCAGAACAGCCUUUUGACCCGCUUCCCCAACACCGGAGAAGUUUCAGUGACCGUCCAGGCUUCCAACGGCAGAUCCAUGGUUAAAGACACACGCAUUGUCAGAGUCUAUGAUAAAUUCCACGUCCUCCCUGUGAGCUUCAGCAGAAACCUGGACCGCUACAACCCCAACAUCCCAGAGUGGAGGGACGACAUCGGCCAGGUGGUCUCAAAGAUUGUGUCCAAGUCCACAGGCAUACCUCAGGAGUCUCUGGUGACAGUGGUGAAAGCUGGCCUCCCCACCACUGCUGACCUCUACAUCCUCUCAGGAGACAGCACAGCAGGCCAGAACCGCAUGGCUGUCGAUAAGCACAUUCCAGCCGUUCUCCAAGCUUUCAGCAGCAACAACAUCAGCUUCAUGAUCCGGGGAGGCCAGCGAGUGUCGGCCAUGCUGGCCGACCCAAACUCGGGCUACCGCGGGGCAGCUGGAGGGCCUGGCGUUUGGGCUUUAGCUGUCAUCUUCCUCGUCAGCAUCAUCGCCACCAGCUCCUUCAUCCUCUACAAGUUCAAGAGGAAGCUGCGUGGAAACCACAGCAUCUACGCCCAGAUGCACAACGAGAAGGAGCAGGAAAUGACCAGCCCCGUGAAUCACAGCGAGGACACCCAGCACAUCAUCCAAGGCGACGAAUUCAUCGACGACGACCUGGACACGCACACUCUAGGUAACCACUCAGGUGUCGUCCUUCGCAUCAACUCCAGAGAACUGCAAAGCUACGUGACCAGCUGAUGGCUGCCGCGGCAGCCCCGAUGAGCAGAUCCAGCCUCACCGAGCCAGUUCAUGAGCACACCGUACCCCCCCCCCCAACCCCCACCCCAUCUCUGCGUCUCACCUCACGGGCACAACACCCCCACCCCACCCACGCCCUCCCACCGGCUUUGGACUUCAGCUCUCAGACGUGUUUGAAGAAAUUCUAAAGGAACUCGCAAACGUUUCAUACAAACUGAAUGAAAAUAAUCCGGACUGAUUAAGUUGACUUUCUGCUCUGAUCCUUUCAACGCCACAGCUGCACUCAAGUUCUACUGUCAUUUAAAAAGAUAUAUUUGGUAUUUAUUUCUUCCCCAAACCGGCCACUCGGCUUCUCUCUUUGGCAAUAAUGAUUUCAGUGGAAUGUAAAGAGGAUCCACGACUGUGGAACUGCGUAUGCAGGCAAACACAAGGGGGCGGUGUUGCACUUUCCCAGGUCCCCCGCUCCAAAGGUGGGCUCUUCGGGUCAGCUUCUCCCUUCACCUUCAGCCAAAUUCCCUCCUGUUUCCGAGUCAUGUGAGGUGGGGGUUUUUCUCCUCCAGAGCCAGAACCGCCCCCCCGUCUGUCUCACGGUGCCUCAUACAGCAGAUGUGCUUCUGCUCGGCGUCCGGUUCUUCAUGAAACUGCUGCAGCCCCUUCUGCUCCUCCUCAGACGUGCUGAGUGAAGCGUCAGAGACGAAGGCCGCCCUCCAGGAGAGAAGCGGAGGGCGACGGAUUCCUUUAUCAGCCUAUAUUAGGCAAGCCUGCAGUGAAAUUCUCUCCUUUCAAAGUGUUGGUCAGUUGUGUGUAAAUGUGUACAUAUGAACUCUUUGUACAUAAUCCUGUUGCUAUGUGUGUGUGUGUUUUACACUAAUACCAAAAGAAGUGGCUGCCCCCUCUGACUCUCCUGAACUCCAGACGAGUAUUUCCUGAUAUCACUCACGUCACAUGUCUUCAUGUUCCUGUGCCGAACUCUUCAUGUUUUCUUUUGUUUGUGUGUGAACACUGGUUGGGCUUUUUUGUUGUUUGUUUUGGUUUGUUAUUUGCACCAAUGAUGUUAGCUGAAGUAUCUCACCACCUGUGGAAAAGACCUUUCAGGCCUGCGGUCGUCUCUCUGGGCUGGACCUCACUGGACUGCGACAAAAUCCUUCCAUCAAAAGUGGGAAGCGAGGGUUUGACACUGACAGAAAUUGGGACAAACUGAAGAGAACUGUUUGCACAUUUUUGCAGAGAUUUUCUUCACGUUCAAAUGGAAUUCAGUGCAUCUCUGAGUAAUAAAUAGCACUCUUGUCUCUGCGUGGUCACAGAUCAGCGAUGCUCGCCUCACCUGUUGUACAUACUCUGUCCAUGUUCAGCUUCUUUCCAAUUUUGUUGUGAUGUGUUGUCAUGGUGACAAAUUGGCCUUUAGAAAAGGGGAAAGUGGGGGUUUGUGAUCUUUCGCUGUACUGGUUACGAGUUUAACACAGAACCACUUCUAUGGUCACUGGUACUGCCCAUUGACUGUAUAGGAGAACUGGACUGAGUGACCCCCCCUGGUACCAACAGGAAGUACCCACUGGCUCCAAGAAGCCAAAAUCCCAUAGACUUCCAUUGACAUAAACAGCUGGUACUCAUUCUAUUGGUCAGAAUAACCAUUCUUGCGCUGAUGCCUUUUUUUUUUACAUGUUCUCUAUAAUCCUCUUUUUUUAAUGGUUUGUUCUGUAGGGCAAGUGAUGCAAAUUAUAAACAGACCAAUCAGAUGCCUCCAUAAAAGCAGGUGGUCUCACAUUGGACAUGUGAAACGUUUGAUUGUCAGAUUUUGUGUAGCCCACUUUCAAGAGCUGAAAAGUGUCAACUUUCAACAAGCUCACUCCUGAUUGGCGAGAGUGGUUGCCAUAAAAAAGAUGACUCAGACCGACUUUGAAUCAGUGCUUACUGACAUCGUCUGGGUCCAACAUGGCGACGUCCGUAUCAUAAAGAAAUAGCACUUGAAUUGGAUUUAUUUCAUUGGAACUGGUAGCAAACCCUUUUCUAUGGGCGACGUCACACUUGCUCAGUUUGGACUUAUACAGUCAAUGGUUCUGUCCAGCUUUUCUUUGAUCCCCCCUCCUGGCUUGUAUUAUUUCUCGAGUUUUGAUAUUGAAAGCAAUUGUGUGUGCUCUUCAGGAAGCAAAGUGCACUAAACCUGAAUCCUGGAAUAAACCACUACCAUCACUUGUUCACCU